AUGGAAAUCCCUGUAAUUAAUCGAAUGACAGAUUCUUUACACAAUCCAUCAUUCAUUUCUCGAAUAUCAUCUACUUUAGAGCUUGGAAAGCUCUCUAAUGCUCAUAGAUUAUGGAAAUGGGGUGCUCUGUUCUUAGCUUUAGUUUAUGCUUUUAGUAGCAUUAUUAAUAAAUUUAAGUUGUUAAUGCUUUAUUUCCAUAAUAAAUCGAAAUCAUUGUUAGCUGCAUCAGAACCUCUUUUAGCUCAAUUUGACGAUGCGUUUCUUACCGAUGAUGAUGAAAACGACGACGUUUACUCCAUCUCUGCAACUUCCUCCGAUGAAGAUGAGGACGACAAAGAUGAAGAUAUAAUUGAAGAGUUUUCUAGAUUCGAUGAUGAUGAUUUCAAUGUCAAGGGUAGUUUCCGUAGCUUUAGUGAAAACCCUAGAAAAAAAGGUAAAUUCAAACUCCUUCGGCGGCGAAGAAGCUUCGUUGAAAAUUUCUCGUUGUCGGAUUUUUCUAAUGGAAACGGCGUUGUAAAACUCUGGGAUGGAUUGGAUUUAGGAUUGGUAGAAGUUCAUGAUGCAUUUUCCUUUUUAGAUUUAGAUAAUUAUGAAAAUGGAAAAGUUAUUGAGGGUAUUCCGGCGGCUUCAUCUUCGCCGGCAGUUUUCAUUACCGGCGACGGAAAAACGGGGAUUAAUAUUUGGGAUUUGCGAACCAAUGGAAAGUCACCGGCGUUUCAAUCGGAUUGGCGGUCGGACCGGAGAGUUACUUUAAUUGGAGUUGACGGCGGGCGAACUGGAAAAGUUUACGCCAUGGAUGACGUUAGUAUGGGAUUGAUGGUUGGUGAUGUGAGGAAAUUUAAAUCGCCAUUGAAAGAAGAAUACGCGGAAGAUUUAUGGUGGGACGCUGACGAGUCAACCCACGAGUUUGCCGAGUGA